AAAACCAAGUGAAUUAGUUGAAGUGCUGUGUGGUUGGAGUUAAAAGGUAAAGAGAGUAAAGAAGGUUGAAAGCCCUAAAAGAUGGCGAGCGCCGUAGCGGAGAAGACUGAAGAAGAGCUCCGUAAAGAACUCUUUGAGCUCAAUCGUCAACAACGAGAGAUUACUGAGCGGCUUAAGGAUCCAAGAGGUAUUCGCCGCGCUGGCGCUGGUCCUCGGAAUUUUGUAGCAAAUGGCGGUCGCCAACGUGGAGUUGUUAGACCUGCGGAGAGGAAUGAUGCAGAGGAUCAGCCACCACCUAAAAGGCGUAUUUCUUCUGCUGUUGUCAAGAUAGAAGAGGGGGAGAUUGCUGAGGAUGUAUCUGGAGCUCCAGCGGAUGCAAAUAAGGAAGAUUCAGCUGUGGAGGCAAGUGCAAGGGAGGCACCUGCCAGCCAGAAUGAGAGAAAGCCAUCCAAUUGGCUCCGGAGAGAUGGUUAUCAAAGACAAUCCAAAAUGGAUUUUGAUAUUCCACCGCCAGAGCCUGUUCCGAGAGUGUUGCCCAAAAACGAGGAUCCUAAAUUGGUUAGUAGGAAUAAGAGAAUGUUGGGACAGCUAUUGGGGACCUUGGAGAAAUUCCGAAAAGAAGACAUGCAGCUUUCAGGGACUGAGGCUUACAUGCGGAGGUCGGAUUCUUUGAAAAGGGCUGAGCAAAGGGCGCGCGAAGAAAGUGAGAAGUUAAGACAGCAGGAGCGUUCUCAGCUUGAUGAAAAGCUGAAAAGAGAUCUGACUCUUCGAGCACGUCUUGCUGCUAAAGCUGAGGAGAAGAGGUUGGAAUUGCUGUUUCUUCGGUGGAGUGAGCACCACAAAAAACUAGCCAAUUUUAUAAGGACCAAAGCCGAGCCUCCGAUCUAUUAUUCUUUUGCCAAACCAUUGGAAGAAGAUCCAACCUUAGUUGAGCAGAAAAAUGAUCAGAUAUUCCAAGAAUGGAAAGCUGCAAGGAGAGAGGAAUUGUCGCAAUACCAGAAAACAAUUGCUGAUCAAAAUGUUGCAAAAGCUGAAGAGGAGUGGAAAAAUAUUUUAGAAAGGAGAGCGAACAGAAAUGUUGCAAACCUUCAAGAGACAAUGGACAAAGAGCUAGAGACUCAUAGGCUUGAGCGUGGACCCAAGACUAGAAAGAUCCCCGGUGUCAGCAACAAUGAAGAUGAGGAUGUUGAGGAUAUCAAUGUUGCGGAGGAUGAUUUGAUGGAUGAUGUGCUUGAAGUGGAUGAUAGUAACCAGAGGAGUGAUGAAAAUGUAAAAGUUGAAGCAGGUAGUGGUAGUCCACAGAUUGAUAACAAUGAUCAGCAGAAGAUAUGAAUCUCUUUUCUCCUUGAAGGUUUAGUUUGUGUUUGGUUUUAUUUCCCAUUUGUUUGUCUUUGUGGUAGUUAUUAUAUGUUUUUUGUGUCAAUCCGAGUUUGGUUAUGAGGAUAACUCUUAUUUAUGUUAAACCUUCCUAAUAUGUUGUAUUAGCUCAA